CUUCGCGACUGUGUGAAUCUCGAACAUCUGCGCUCUGAAGGGCCCAGUGACGGAGUAGAACAAUAAAGAAAACGGACCGGAAAAAAAGCAGCUUGUUGCCAUUUAUUUAUUUAAAAAAAAGCACGUGUUGAUUACGCCGAUCUCAAUCAGGAUGAUAAAGGUCGUAGAAUGAAUGCAUGAAAAAUAGAAUGGCGGAUUAUCUCAAAUCUUUUUUGAGAUAAUUAAUUUGAUCGAGUGCUUUCAUCCAUUGCAUUCGGUUGAGAACUCGACAGUGGAGCAACCUACAAAAAUCAAUACAAUUCUAGAACUGCUUACUUCGAACAAGAAUGUUUAUUCUUCUUCUGUCAGCUUUUAUUUUCGGGUACCUUCCGAAUUCAGUUCCAGCUCAGGGCACUGAAAUAGUGAAAUUAGCAGUUUACUAUGAAUCAUUGUGUCCAGACAGUGAUGUGUUUGUUCAUGACCAACUCGCACCUGCUUACGAGAAAGUACCUGAUUACUUAGAAGUGGAACUCAUUCCAUAUGGAAAUGCUCGGUGGAGUGGAAAACCAGGCAGUUACAAAUUCUCUUGUCAACAUGGAGAAGAAGAAUGCUAUGGAAACACAGUUCAAGCAUGCUAUACGGCACUCAUAAAUAAUACUGCGGACCAAAUCCAAUUCGUUAAAUGUGCCUUUGACAUUAGAAGACAAAGUCAUGCCGUUGAAAGGUGUAUCAAAGAUCUUGACUUGCGUCGGCAAGUGAAGAAAUGUGUAACAAGCACGAUGGGAAACAAUCUGCUAUACCAGAUGGGCAAGAAAACAGAUUCCCUGAAUCCACCUCAUACCUUCAUUCCUUGGAUUACAAUCAAUGGACGAGGUGGACAAAACUUAAAUGACCUGGCAAAUCACAACUUAAUGAACGUUAUCUGUGAACAACUAUCUGUACAGCCUAAUCAGUGCAAGAAGAGCAAAUGGAAUAUUUUAAAGAAAUUUAGAAAUUACCUUUAAUGGAAGAACUCGUCACCAGCUUUGAAUCUUCGACGUUUCUUAAUUUAUUAAUUGUAUCACAUGUUUAAGAUAAUAACUAUUACUUAUACCAGUGUGCCAUAGAGAAACUCUAACUUUCCCGUAAUAAGUUAAGCUCACGUUUCUAAAA